GUUGUCGGGGAGUCGACUAUAACAACUAGUGUCUCUGUACACUUUCCUCCAAACAUAUUAGAUCUUAGCUUUAAAACGGGAGACAGAACUCUGACAGAGGGCAGCAGCAUAUCUCUGGUCUGUUCGGUGAAGAGUUCCCCUCCGUCCACAAUACAGUGGUUCUAUAAAGCCAACAACACAGUUCUACUGACCACCCCAGACGUCCUGGAGAGUACCUACACCCUGACUAACGCUGACUGUCUGGACACCGGACUCUACACCUGUUCUGUCAGAAACAGUGUCUCUAAUACAGCGGUCACCAGGGAUAUAUAUGUCAACGUUCUGUGUAAGCCACGUGAAGAUCCCAGAGUAAAUGGUAAUCAUAGGUUUGGUCUAACUACCUCAGAUGACCUGACUCUUACUGCUAUGUUCCUAGCUAAUCCAGAACCAAGUUUCAUGUGGACAUUUCAAGACGUCGCUAAUAAAACCACAGAUGAACUUAAAAACGGAACAGACAAUUUCAUCAUACGGAAUGCAUUUGAUAGGAUGAACCUGUCAGCAUUGUCGAUGGGGAUUCGUAAACACAUGCACGAAGACAUAUACGGAACAUAUAUUGUCACAGCCACAAACAGUCAGGGAAGUGGAAGGAUUAACUUUUCAGUGGAAGCACAGGGAAAACCUAACCCUCCUUACGAAGGCAUAGCUAUUUGUCCUUCCGCAGACCAAGCUAUUCUGAGUUGGAAAUCGGCUUUCGAUGGAGGAUCUACCCAAACAUUUGUGGUCGGAAAAAGAAUCCGAACACAAGGCAUAUUUGUUAUAGACAGACAACUUGAUACCCCCGAUCCAGGACAACACCGAACAGCCAUCAUUUCUAUAUCUGGUCUUACUGCAGGUACACAGUAUUUCUUCGUGGUGUUUGCUGUAAACAAAUUUGGAAACUCAACUUUUGAACGUGACGUCAACUGUACAACACAAGUUUCCAAGGUACAUGAAAGAGCCUGUGGAACUGACAGUAUGUAUAUACCAGGAGUUGUGCUGGCGGUCAUAGGAGUAGUCACGCUUUUGUUUACAGUUGGACUCGAGAUUAUUUUUAGACGAAAUAGAAAACUGUGUUUUAGUAAGUUGCAGCUUCCAGAACAGAAAGAGUUCCAGAAUAUUCAACUCUCAGAACGAGACGGAACACCCCAUAGAGACAAUGAAAGAUCUUUAUAUGACCAACUCGAUACAAAUGACGUUGCCAAGGCGUCCGUCUACUCUGAACUUGGAGGACAUCAUCAUGUUUACCAGAACGAUCCAGUCAGUGAAGGAAAUGGCGGUGACAGACAGUACGAGUCGUUGCAGGGACGCACCGCUUCAAACGUCUAUGAUGAACUUCACAGUCAAACAGCUGGUGAAAAAGAAACAUAUGUCAAUACAGCCAUUGGUGGAAAGAGGAAACAACGACACUGAAGUGAAAACAUUUAGAGGCGAUUUACCACAUGUUACAUAGUAUGUGAAUCGUGUACAGAUUGAAAAGUAACAUCUUCAACCUGCUGACGACCGUGCUUGAAUAAGUCUCAGUGAUGAUAGAAUAAACAUUGCCAGUAGCCUGUGUGUAGUGUCAAUGUAAUGCUCAUUUGCAUAAAAAAAUAUCCCGCUAAGUGAAGAUUCAUCACAACAAUCAUACUAUUGUAUGUAUCGUUAAUGCAUACAGGACGUGGUUACUUUUAUCUGUGUUGCUAUGUAUAUUUAGUGCAUAAUGACAAGCUGACGACUCAGCACUUACUUUGGAUGAAGAAGGUUCACCUCAAGAAGAUAGGCAUAU